GGGUUAGUCUAGCAGACGACGAGACGGACGGCUGGUCGUAGCAGACAGCGCAUAGCUAGCGUCGUUCGCGGGCACUUGUCAGCGAACAUUUGAAUCGAAAGCUGAGACUCGUGUAAGUCAGAGUGUUUAUUGUUUAUCGAACGAGAGCGGAACACCAGCGUGUUCGCGAUGGAUCCCGAGGCGUUUCUGGACAUGGCCAAUCAGGUCAUCAAGCUGAAAAUGUUCCCGUAUUUCGACAUAGCGCAUUGCGUACUGUGCGCGCUGCAUGUCAGGGAGGAUCUGGGACCCGGUGCACAAGCAUUUUCUCGUAAACAUCCUUUGUCAUGUUGGCUCUCUACAAUGUUAGUUUGUUUUGCAAGCGGUAUGCUAUGCAAUGGAUUAUUAGGGGAACCCAUUCUUGCACCUCUGAAAAAUACGCCACAAGUGAUAGUUGCAACCGUUGUUUGGUAUGUGGUAUUUUACACACCAUUCGACAUUGGUUAUAAGGUAGCCAAAUUUUUACCAGUAAAGUUAGUAUGUGCUGCUAUGAAGGAAAUUUAUAGGUGUAAAAAGGUAUAUGAUGGAGUGACUCAUGCAGGAAAACUUUAUCCAAACGCAUAUCUUAUUAUGAUAUUGAUUGGAACACUCAAAGGUAAUGCAGCUGGAUUUACAAAAUUGUUUGAGCGUCUUAUACGUGGUGUAUGGACACCGACCGCAAUGGAAUUCAUGCAACCUAGUUUUCCCACCAAAGCAUCUAUGGUUGCAUCGAUUAUCUUUGUGUUAGAUAAGAAGACUGAUCUCAUUUCUGCACCUCAUGCUCUUGUGUACUUUGGUAUUGUUAUCUUUUUCGUCUAUUUCAAGUUAUCUUCAAUUUUGCUCGGUAUUCAUGAUCCAUUUGUGCCAUUUGAAAAUUUGUUCUGCGCCUUGUUCUUGGGAGGAAUUUGGGAUUCAUUGGCUAAAUUGUUGGGUCGUGGUCAAGCCAAAGAUGAGAAAGCGGACGCAAAGAAAACAAAUUAAAUAAUGAAAACGUAUCAUUAUCUUGUAUCACCAUCCAUUACUUAAAAAGUGAUGAAAUAAAACUAUUUUAAGCUAGUCAGAUAACACACGGGUUACAUAUGACUCUUGACAAAUCAUCAAAUGAAAGAGUACAAUAAUUUAAUAUAUACAUAUACAUAUAUAUACUUUAAGAGUGGAAAUUAUUCAGUUUUCAAAGAGUGUUAUAAAAAUAUCAACAGUAUUAUAUAUUCAAAGUUUAAUUGAUGUUAAACUCUAUAAAUAUCUCAUAUUCUAUUCUUUGUUUCUUUAUUAUGUGUUUUCAUGUUAAUGAAGAAAUUUCGUUUUUACAUAAAAACUUUUAUUAAUAAUUAUAAAUAUGAGAUUAUUUAUAUAUUAUUUAUCUUCAAUCUGGGUUUAGAUUGAUAUUAUUAAAAACCUAAGAUACACACAAAUUUAAUCAGCAAACACCAGAAAUGUGUUCCUAUCUGAAAAUUUUGAUAGUACCUCUUAUGUAACAUUAACAGUUGAUUUGUUAAAAUUUAUCAAAUUAUUUUAUAGUACAAUAUGCAACUUUUAAUAUAUUGUAUAAAUAUAUGUUAGGAUAUACUCCAGCAAUUUAAAGUAUGCAUCUUAAUGAAUUAUACUGAAAUUUUGUUUUAUUUAGUCGUUAUAUAAUAUUUAUACAGAAGAGAAAUGUAUUUAGAGCAAAUAAUUAAUUUCAAUGUUAAAUGAUUGUACCAUUGAUUUGUAAAUCAUAUGAAUCACAUAAGGCAUUCAAACUUCAAUAGCACAUGUGUAAAAACGGAGUGUGAGAAAAAAUAGGUCUUUUAUACAAUUUUAUUAAAUUCAAAUAUUGAUACUAUAUAUCAUAUAUAAGCGCGUUUGCUUUAAUUCUCAACAACAGAUAUAUGUACCUCCGCAAUUAGGAAUACCCAAUAUUCUAAUUAUGAAACGAUUAUACAUUUUCAUGUAAUAAAAUAGAAUUUAAAUUAAAAA